AGGCGUUGUUGAUUACGCCAUAUACAUUUAUCUUGAUAUACUUUUUACUCUAUGAUAUUCAAGUGAUUUCAUCAUAGCGAUAUUCUAUCGCGUUAAAUGAAAUGUUUCUGCACGUUUAUUGUCAAAUGUGAAGUUUUAAAUAAAAUGUGCAAAUUAUUUGUAUUGACGCAUUCAACGUAAAUAUCUAUCUGUUAUUUUAAACUGUGUACUUUUAGGUUAUAUUUUGUCAUUAGCUUUAUGAAAAAAAUAUAAUCUUUUCAUAAGGAAUUAUUUUUUGAAGAAUGCGGCAUGGUGAUCUAACCUUAAAUCAUUUAUUCAACGCACUUGUAGAUAAUUGAUAAAAAGAAUUUAUUGAGUGUAUAAAAAUUAAAUUUUUAUAAUGACCGAUUCUGAAACAAAAGAAACUCCAACAGUGGAGGAUACAACGGAGAAAAAUGAAAAUGAUCCGUAUGCGUAUCUCGAAAGGGAUAAUUUCACAUCAGAAAAAUUUAAAGUUGAAGUGCGUGGUUUGCCAAAAUAUUAUGGAAUUGGAGAGUUUAAAAAAUUAUUGAAUGAAAAACUUGAUUUACAAACUUGCAAGGUAAAACCACCGAAACAGUCAAGCGGUUGGCUAUACGUUUGUUUUAGAAGCGAAGAAUGUCGUCAGCGAGCAAUAUCUACUUUAAAUGGAAUUUUAUGGAAAAACUGUAAGCUUUCUGCGCAGAUCGCUAAACCAGCUCCAGAUCCUUUUGUAAAAAGAAAAUUAGAAGAGAAUAAAAGUAAUAAGAAAUUAAAAAAUGAACUUUACGAUCCAGAUAUGUCGGCUGUGGAUAGAAUUAAAUUUACAACGACUCCUCUUUGGAACAUGCCUUAUUCCAGUCAACUUGAAUUUAAGCAAAAGGAAAUGAGAUCUGUGUUAAUGAAAAUUGGUCAGAAAAUGCUUGAGGGAAACGUACAUCUGUCUGAGUGGAUAAAUUCGCAAAAGAAAUUAUAUGAAAAUUUGCCUUGUGAAUUGAAACCUAUUUUACAUGCCGAAAGUACAGAAGCUUAUAGAAACAAGUGUGAAUUUACGAUUGGUAAGAAUAUAGAAGGUGAUAAAGUUAUAAUUGGAUUUAGAUUGUCUAGUUAUGCUGCUGGUUGUACAGCAGUAGGUCCUAUUGACGACCUCUGUCACAUUCCUAAAAAUAUGAAAACUGCAGUAAAGACAUUAGAAGAAUUUGUACAAAAUUCUGGAUUAGAACCUUUUAAUCCAGUUGAUCACAGUGGAUAUUGGAAACAAGUUACUGCUAGAACUAGUCGUCUCAAUCAAUUAAUGUUAAUAGUGGGAAUAAAUCCUCAAGAUUUAACCAUUGAAAGGUUAAAAGAGUUACAAAAUCAAUUGAAAGAAUUUUUUGAAUCUGGAAAAGGAUCCACUAUAGAUGUUACAUCACUUUAUUUUCAAACAAUGGAAAAUAAAAGUGUCGGCAGCGAAUCUAGAAACGUUCUACAGCAUAUAAGUGGAACUGAAUAUAUCGAAGAAAUUUUGUUAGAAAAGAAAUUUCGUAUAUCACCACAAGCCUUUUUCCAAGUGAAUACAUUAAGUGCUGAAGUUUUAUAUAAAGCAGUCAUCGAUAUGGCAGAACCAACUAACGACACUACAUUAUUGGAUAUUUGUUGCGGAACUGGAACUAUAGGUUUAUCUUUCUCAAAGCAUUGCGGUGAAGUGUUAGGAGUAGAAGUUGUAUCCGAUGCUAUUAAAGACGCAAAACAAAAUGCUGUUCAAAAUGGUGUUACCAAUUGUGAAUUUUUUGUUGGUAAAGCAGAAGAUAUUUUAUAUCCUAUUAUUCAAAGGGCAACAAAAUCUCGUAUUGUAGCUGUGGUUGAUCCACCAAGAGCUGGUAUACAUCAAAAAACAUUAUUAACGUUACGUAAAACGAGAAAAUUGACAAGAUUAGUUUAUAUAUCUUGUGACCCUCGAGCAGCUAUGAGAAAUUUGAUAGAUCUCUCAAGACCAAGAUCGAAACAAUAUUACGGAGAACCUUUUGUACCGAUAAAAGCUAUUGCCGUGGAUAUGUUUCCUCAUACGAAACAUUGUGAAUUAAUAAUAUGCCUUGAAAGAUUAUCCGAAGUAACAAACUCAAAUGUUAAUUCUUGAAAGUAUUCAUAUUAAAUAUUUUUUAAAUGGGAAAAA